UCCUCCCCACUUCGCCAUGGAGUAUGACCAUGGUCAACGUCUUCUCCAACAUGAAAUGGGAAAGUACUCAUACCAAAUAACCACAAUUAAUUUGUGUUAAUGUUGCGAUACAAUUGUGCAACUGAGCUCAAGCUCAUCUUUACCGUCCUCCUCCUCUUCGGCUCCGUCGCCACCCUCUUACCAUUCCUACCCACCCGCUUUUCUCCUUUCCCCACCACCAAUGUCACCUCCUGUCUCACCACCUCUAUAUCUCCCUCCACCACCACCACCACCACUCCACCGCCACUACCCCAACAACUCUCCGAUCAAGUCCUCAACAACGGGGUCAUAAAACGAUCCUUCUACCCUAUCGGAACAGCCGCGUACAAUUUCGUCUUUAUGUCCGCCUACCGCGGCAGUCCCAACACCUUCUCCGUCAUCGGACUAUCCUCCAAACCCCUCCACGACUACGGCCACCCGACAUACACUUGUGAAUACCAAUCUAAUAAUUCCAAUAAAAAUAAUGGUUCCCAUUUUGUUGUUGUUCCGGGUUAUAAGAUCCCUAUCCAAGACUUCGGGUACGCCCGAAUGUACAUCAUAGUAGUCGUCAACUGUACAUUCCCUACCGAAACCGACUCUAUCACAGGUGGCCGGCUCCUCCUCCACGCCUCCACUGACGGUGGCGAUUCAACCGAUACAAUCAUAGCCUUAACCGAACCCCCAAAUUCAUGGCACCCAUCACAAUUCAAUUCAACUCCAAAAUACGACUACCUAUACUGCGGGAGCUCCCUGUUCGGCAACCUCAGCCCUCAAAGAAUCCGUGAAUGGAUCGCCUACCAUGUACGGUUGUUCGGUAAAAAGUCCCAUUUCGUCUUCCACGAUGCGGGUGGUAUCCACCCGGAAGUAUUCGAAGUGUUAAACCCGUGGAUUGAGCUCGGGUUUGUUACCGUGCACGACAUUAUGGACCAAGAACAAUUCGAUACGUUUUAUCAUAAUCAGAUACUUGUUCUUAAUGAUUGUUUGCAUCGACAUCGCUUCGUUACGAAGUGGAUGUUUUUCUUUGAUGUGGAUGAGUAUAUCUAUUUACCAGGGGAUUCAAAUUCGAAUUUGAAUUCGUCUCUUGAUUCGAUUAUGGAGUUGCUCAAUGAUUAUACGCUUUUCAAUUUUGAACAAGUUACUAUGUCUGAUCGACUUUGUCUUGCUGAGGAUGCUGGCACAUUUCAAGAGAAAUGGGGUUUUGAGAAACUGGUGUACAAGAACAUGAAAGAAAUGAGGAGAGACCAAAAGUACGCAAUACAACCACGAUAUGUGUAUGCAACUGGGGUUCAUAGGUCGGAAAACUUUGACGGCAAGUCAACAUGGUUGUCGGGAGAAAUGAUGAAGUACUUUCACUACCAUGGCACGGUUGCUGAGCGCCGAGAACCGUGUCGACAACUUCUUCAAGGAAAUUCUACCACCAUUGAAAACACCCCUUUUGUUCUCGACACUACCAUGAGAUCGAUGGCCCCUUUAAUCAAGAAGUUUGAGCUUGAAACUAUUGGUUCAAGGCUUCAAUCAACCAUGCUAUAAUCCUAGAUCGAUAAUUAGCUAGUAGCAAUCACAUUUUACUGCAAAACUUUUUAGGAAAGGUUUUUUUUUUGUUUUGGGGCAAUUAUUACCUUUAAAAGACCCAACUUCGGAAAUAAUCACCUUAUGUAUAUUGUUUUCACAAACUUUUCAGAAAGGCCGAUCUACGAUAAUGUAUUGUGUGGCGACCUAAAACAGGAAAGUUAGCCGCAGAUGUUCUGUUCUUUUAGUUACCCUUAUUGAUGUUAUAAGUUUUCUUUAUUGUAGUUAUAAGUUACCUUAUUUUCAAGGCUAUUAGCUCAAAGGGUAGAGCAAUGUACAAUAUUGUACAUGGUGUGGGGUCAAGCUCCACGUAGCCUACUACCUAUAUUACAUUUGUGUAUUGAUGUAU